AUGAGCGAGGAAUCCCAACGACGGACAAAUGAACUUCGGGUUUUCCGUGGUUUUUAUUCCAAGUGUCGAUUUCCUUUUGCGGUGGUUGGAAGUGAGGACUUUCAUCCUUCGGGAUCCUCGGUUGUCCGUGGAAGGAAUGUCGGGUUGCCAGCUCUUAUCAACCACACCAACUCCGUGACGUACAGAGAAUUUAGAAGAUCCCGACUUUUGGGUUCAUGUGACCAAGAAAUACCCGCCGACUUUGAUGUCAAUCCAAUUUCCCAGUUCGAGAAGGAGCGGUUUACCAUGGAAAAACGUCUCCGUGAGGCGGAAAGUAGCAUGGAGGAGCUUUUCAAGUCAAAGGUGACUCAAAAACUGAAUAAACUCCGUGAAAAUACCGAGUUGGUGGUGGACAAGACAAAGCCAGUGAGCAAGACGUUGUUGGAGGGGACUGACUGGUCGAUUGUGUGGACGGGGGAUGACCGAAUGUUCUUUUUCAAUGUAGUCGAGAAGAGGUCUGUUUGGAAUUGCCCAGAAGAACUCCGCGGAAGGAAAGAUGUGGAAAACCUCAUGAAAAGUAAGCCGACAGUAGAAGGAGAUGUAGUACCGAUUGAGUGUAUGUAUAUAUAUAUAUUUGUAGUACAUGAGGACGGGAAAAGGGCAGGUGAGGCAUAUGAGGAGGAUGUUGGGAGCAAGCGAGUGGACAGUGAGGACAAGAAGGUUACCCAAGCCCGGUCAACACUGCCAUAUGCCGAGCGAGUGGAGCAGUUUCGUGAACUGUUGGCUGAGAAGAAUCCUACAUCCACGUUUGAUAAAGAAUUGCAGAAGAUUGUGUUUGAUAAGAGAUAUACACUUUUGUUGAGCAAGGAACGUCGGCAGGUGUUCGAUCAGUACAUAAAGGAGAAAGUAGAAGAAGAACGGACUGAACGUACUCGGCAACAUAAAAAGCGGAGGCAGGAUUUCCGUGAUUUAUUAAAAGAGAGUAACUUGAAUCACCGGUGUGGAUAUUUCUUUAUUGGUAGGUCUACUUAUUCGGAAUUUGCUGGAAAGCAGUCGAAGGAUCCCCGUUUCCAGGCAAUUGAGAGGACACGUGAUCGAGAAUCAUUGUUCUACGAGCAUGUCGACGAUUUUAAGAAAAAGAGGGCAACUGAAAAGGUAGUUGGGAGUGGUAGAUGGCAGGGAGGGAAAUCACGAGACUUCACAGAGCUACUGAAGGAGAAUGAUGUCACAGUUGGUGACAGAUGGCGAGACGUCAAACGUAGAAUUGAAAACGACCCUCGAUAUAAGGCAAUUUCCAGUGAUCGGCGAGGUGAUCUAUUUGAUGACUACGUCCAAUCCCUGGCAAAGUCCCCACAGAAUGACAUUCGGUAUAUUGAGUUGGACUGCUAUGAACUCGAGCGCAAGAAAAUGGUUGAUGAUUAUAUCAACGAUCUGGCUCAUCAGGAAUAUUUAAAAAUUGAGAAUCUAUUAGCAGGAUUUACAUCCCCUGAAAUUAUGGACUGUAAAAUGGGAUGUCGGACUUUUUUGAAGGAGGAAUUAGAUCUGACAGGAAAUGAAUACAGGCACGACUUGUAUCAAAAAAUGAUUCGGGUGGAUCCUAAUGAGCCGACUGCGGAAGAACACGAAAGAAGUGGAAUUCUCAAAUCAAGAUACAUGAGAUACAGAGAUUCAAUAAGUUCUACAACAAAUUUAUCAUUCCGAGUUGACGGGAUAAAAGUAAAUCAUUACUUGUAA